AUGACAUUCAAACCCUCAUACCAUAACCCCAACCUCACCAACCUACACGAUUGCAAUAAUAGGCUAUCACAGUUCCGGCAAGCAAUCCCUGCUCCGCGGCCUGACAGACUACAAAAAACCAGUAUAUAUAAGCACCGCAACCUGUCCGCGCCAGUGUCUGACAUGGUGAAAGGGCACAAAGGCCAUAGUUUGCACCCAAAUAGCCGCUUCAUAGUAUCAGACAUUAGCGUUGGCGAGCUAGAUAAGUGGGAACGCUGGCGGCGGGAGUUCUACAAAGAUGCUGAUGCGGCAAUUUGGGUGACGAGAACAAGGCUGCAUGGCGAUUUCUACGAGUCUUGGGAGUGGAUUGGUGAAGAGAUGAGCUUUCGGCGGCGGCGUAUGGCUCAUGAUGGGUUUGAUCUCGCUGAGGUGCCGGAUGAGGGGCUUGAUCGUGGUCCUUGGCUUGUUCUGUUAAAUCAAAGGGAUACGGAUGAUGCUGUAUCGUCAGAGAAGGUUUGGGAGGGAGUUCCCGUUCACAGGAUGGGGUUUAGGGAGUUUCGGGUUCAGGAAGCUUCGGGCUUAAAGUGGGAAGGGGUUAAUGAGUGGGUUCAAUGGUUGGUCGGGCGGUUGAAGCAGUCUAGGUCUCGAUAA